AGGAUACAUUUUACAAUCAUUCGGUGAUAUUAGGGAUUUUGAGGUUGCGCGAAGACCAGAUUCCUUUGAUCUAGGGUUUGGGUUUCAGCAGAAGAAAUCGGAGAUCAGAGAGCGAAUCCAAUGGCGUCACCUCUUGGGCUUUACUCCGGCAAUAGCACCCUUGCUCUGGUUGGUCGUGUGUCGGCGUUCACUUUGGGUAUGUUCUACGGGAACACGAAGCUCAAGAUUCUCAAGGUGAAGGCAAACUCGCAAAAGAAGGCUGAAGCCAAGGCUCAUCACUGAGAGGGUUUAGCAGCAAACUCAUGCCAUAUGGUUUGAAGAAAUAUCUCCCUUUUGUCUUGUUUGACUGGAAUUGUGUUCUAAUCCUGACCUUUUUUUUGGCGGAAGUUCCAUUUGUUCAUCCGAACGAAUCUCGACAUUGUUUUCGAUCCAAUAAGAUUCUUGUAACCACUUUGAACAUGAAGGGUUUGAUUUAAGAAGUCAUUCUCUACUGGU